CCAUGGAAAUCAGUAUGUUCUUAAUUUUAUUCUUGGACAUUGUUUGCUUUUUAGAGUUCACUAUCAUCAAUACCGUCACUAGCAUCAAUAACUGAAAGAAAAAUCAAUUAGUUAUUUGUCAAAAUUUUAUUUAUUCAAUGACUAGAGUUAAACGCGGAUAUAUUGCCCGAAAACAUAGAACAAAAAUUUGUUUAUUUGCAUCAAGUUUUCAAGGGUCUCAUUCAAGACUUAUUCGAAUUAUUACUCAACAGAAUAUAAGAGCUUUGGUUUUAGCUCAUCGGGAUAGGGAUAAGCAGAAGAGAAAUUUUCGCUGUUUGUGGAUCACUCGAAUAAACACAGUAAUUUGAGAAAAGGGAGUAUCCUAUAGUUAUAGUACCUUAACCACAAGGAGGGGGAUGCCGAAGGCAGGGCUAGUGACUGGAGUGAAGUCGUAACAAGGUAGCCAUGCUGGAAGGUGCGGCUGGAUCACCUCCUUUUAAGGGAGAGCUAAUGCUUGUUGGUUUUUUUGGUUUGCCACUGCUUCACACCCAAAACAAAAAGAAGGAAACGACAUCUGAGUUAAACUUGGAGAUGGAAGUCUUGUUUUGUUUCUCGGUGGUGAAGUAAGACCAAGCUCAUGAGCUUAUUAUCCUAGGUCGGAACAUUGACUGGAAAGGUAGGGUAGAUAACUCAUUAAUAUAAAAUAAUCUAUCAUGUUUUGUUUAUUUGAUUUUCCUCACAAACGUCCCCUUAUGUAUAGUUGAACAGAUAAUAACGUUUUGCAUAUAUUUUACUCUCUCCGUCCCAAAUAGGCCAUUUACAGUUGACACAUGUUUUAAUGCAUAAUUGGUAAAAUAAGAGAGAAAGAGGAAAAAAUUUAAAAUUUUAUAGCGGAUGGUGGAGCUUAUAAAUGAUAAAGUAAAAGAAAAGGAGAAAAUGUUGUCAUAACUGGAUAUGGACUAUAUCUAUGGGAUGUACAAAAUGAUAUAUGGUCUUUGAAUGGGACGGAGGGAGUAUUAAGUAAUACCCCAAUCCCGCCAUUAUUUGUCAUUGGUUCUAUUUUUGGUGCGUUUGUCAAUACUUGUCAUACUUACUGUUUUACUACUUUUGGUAAUGGACUUCAAAUUCUCAUUCUGAACUCGUACAAAAUCUAAUAGAUAAAAGUAGGACUACGUUACACUAACUUUCCAAUCUACUUUCCAUUGCAUUUCUGAAAACUUGUGUCAGGUCAAAGUGUGCUCAUUAACGAUGGACGGAGAGAGUAAAAGAAAUUUAUCAUUUUCAGCAAGUAGAUCGAUAAAUAUACAUGGAGUCUAACAACACAAUGCAAGCCUCAACUCUCUUGAAUUCAAAACUACGUCAAAGAUCCGGUGCACAAUCGGAUAGAACAAUCUACCGAGUCCAUAGACACUUACGCAACGUGAACCCGAAAGCCUAUGAGCCCGAGAUAAUCGCCAUCGGCCCAUAUCACCACGAUAAUGAGCAUCUAAAGAUGAUGGAAGAUUACAAGCUCCAUUACCUGAAACAACUGCUUGCCGAAAAGAAUCCACCCGAUGAUGUCGGAAGGUAUGUAGCUGCUCUAGACAGGGAGGAAGAAAAAGCAAGAAGAUGCUAUGCAGAUCAACCUAAAACCCUAAGCACAGCCCAGUUCAUACAAAUGCUUGUUCUAGAUGGCUGCUUCAUUGUCCAGCUAGUUCGCAAGUUCGAUAGAGUGAAGAGCAAUUUAAAUAGAGUGAAUUCGUGGGAGAUGAAUGAUCCUAUCUUCCAAAUGGAGUGGAUGAUCAACAGCCUGCAGCGUGAUCUCAUGCUCUUCGAGAACCAGCUGCCCUUCUUCGUCUUGUGCAAGCUCUACGACCUCAUCGAGGCACCUAACCAGCAUUCUAGGUUCUUGUUCCUUCUCCGCCAAUUCUUCUCCACUCUGUGCCCUGGAAAAGGUUGCAACCCAAAGUCGCCCGUUAUGCCUGCAGAUCUUGACAAGGUAAAACAUCUGCUCGACUUCAUCCAUAGCAGUUGGUUUCCUCCUCUCCAACGCCCGGGCAAAGGAAGGGUGAGGUUCAUCAUCGAUAGCGUGACGAGGCUUGAAGAGGCUAAUGUCAAGUUUAGGAUCAGAUCAGAAGGAAAGACGCUGUUCGACGUGGGGUUCAAAGAAGGGGUGAUGACCAUACCGCCAUUGACCAUUGAGGACAGGACGGAGUCGUUCCUCCGGAACCUCAUCACGUACGAGCAGUACUUUCAACAGACUGUCGUGAUAGAUUAUGUCCACUUCCUAAACUGCAUCAUUGAUUCCUCCAUGGAUGUGGAAAAACUAUCUCAAAAAGGGAUCAUCAACAACUGGUUAGGGGAUGCACAUACUGUGGCGGAGAUGGUGAACAAACUGGGCGACUCGGUGGCAGGACCCGGGAAUAGCUUCUUCUAUGGGGAGAUGUUUGAGGAUGUGCAAAAGCACUGCGCAAGACCUAUGAAUAAGUGGAGAGCUAGUAUGAAGCGUAGAUAUUUUAGCAGCCCUUGGGCCGUCAUUUCUGUUCUUGUUGGUGCAGUGCUUAUUCUUACAUUCGUACAAACAGUUUUUACCAUAUUACAGGUUGUUUGAAAAUUUGUUGGAACAGGGGAGAUGCUCAAAAGUCUAGGCAAGACUUUGUAAUUUGAAGUGCUAAAGGGUUGAUUGUUAUGUUCAUUGUAUUCUAUUUCAGUAUAGAUUUAAGAUAUAUACUAGCAUAUGAAAUUACAAUAAUGUAGUGAAGGAAUGAUUUGAAAAUGGUCAUUCUAAAAUAGAUUAUUUACCUUUGUUUGAAUA